UCUCCUGCAAGCACUCUCCGCUUGGCGCUCCGAGCUAGCAGUAGCAGGCAAGGCAACGCCCCCCACACCGGCGUCAUGGGCAGCGUGGCGCCGCGGGCUCACGUCGUGGUGGUGCCGUUCCCGGCGCAGGGCCACGUCGCUCCGUUGAUGCAGCUGGCGCGCCUACUCCACGCCCGCGGCGCGCACGUCACCUUCGUCCACACCCAGUUCAACUACCGCCGCCUCCUCCGCGCCAAGGGCGAGGCCGCCGUGAGGCUCUCUGCACCCGGAUUCCGCGUCGAGGUCAUCGACGACGGCCUCUCCCUCUCCGUGCCGCAGCACGACGUGUCCACGCUCGUUGACUCCGUGCGCCGUAACUGCCUCGACCCGUUCCGCGCGCUGCUGAAACGGCUGGCCGACGAGGAGGAGGAGGGCGUACCGCCGGUCACCUGCGUCGUGGCCGACGUCGUCAUGACCUUCGCUCCCGCCGCCGCCAGGGAGACCGGCAUACCGGAGGCGCAGUUUUUCACGGCGUCCGCGUGCGGCCUUUUGGGCUACUUCGAGUACGACGAGCUCCUCAAGCGAGGUCUCGUCCCUUUCAAUGAUGCUAGUUGCCUGACAAACGGAUACUUGGACACGCCGCUGGAAUGGGUGCCGGGGAUGGGGCACAUGCGGCUCAAGGACAUGCCAGCGUUCUGCCGCACCACGGACCCCGACGACGUCAUGGUGGCUGUCACCCUCGAGCAGAUGAAGAGCGCCGUCGGCUCCAAGGCCAUCAUCCUCAAUACCUUCUACGAGCUCGAGAAGGACGUCGUCGACGCGCUCGCCGCCUUCUUCCCGCCCGUCUACACCGUCGGGCCCCUCGCCGAAGUCAUUGCAUCCUCCGCCCCGGCCGACAACGCGGAUCUUGGCGCAAUCGAUAUCAGCAUCUGGCAGGAGGACAGACAGUGCCUGGCAUGGCUCGACGGGAAGGCGGACAAGUCCGUGGUGUACGUCAACUUCGGCAGCGUCGCUGUCAUGACGGCGUCGCAGACGCGGGAGUUCGCGCUGGGGCUGGCGAGCUGCGGCUUCCCGUUCCUGUGGGUGAAGCGCCCCGACGUUGUGGACGGCGAGGAGGCGGCGCUCCCGGAGGCGUUCCUCGACGAGGUGGCCCGCGGCGGGGGGCUCGUGGUUUCGUGGUGCCCGCAAGCGGCGGUGCUGAAUCACGCGGCGGUGGGGCUCUUCGUCACGCACUGCGGGUGGAACUCCCUGCUGGAGGCCACGGUGGCCGGCCUGCCGGUGCUCGGCUGGCCGGUGUUCGCGGAGCAGACGACCAACUGCAGGCAGGUGUGCGAGUGCUGGCGCAACGGUGUGGAGCUCCCGGAGGAGGUGGAGAGCCGCGCGGUGGUCGGCCUCGUGAAAGAGAUGAUGGCCGGGGACCUGGGGAAGGGGAAGAGGGCGAAGGCAGCAGAGUGGAAGGCGGCGGCGGAGGGGGCCACCAUGAAAGGCGGGUCCUCGUGGCGUAGUAUUGAACGCUUGGUAGACGUCGUGCUGCAGGUCUGGAGCAAGUGAUGAGAUGAAUCCAUGGAUCCUAGCUACUGGCAGUGUCUUUAAUUCUUCCAUGCCUGUGCUGUUUUCUUGCCAUUGUUAGCUUGUAAUAAGUAAUCCUGAUUAUGGGGAAUCAGGUGACCAUUCAAUUGGGAGAAUGAGAAAUCGAAUGAAAGCAUUUAGCAUUUGGGCUAGCUUAUGCACACCAUACUUCGCAAAAUCAGUCUUUUAUACCAUUA